CCUUUCUCUGACAUUUUCCUUUCCUUUUGGGUGUUUUGAGGCAGCCACAAAGGAUUAGGAAGCAAGCAAAGAAGAUAACAUGGCACUCAGAAUGUGGGCUUCUUCUACAGCCAAUGCUCUCAGAGUCUCUUCUGCGUCCAAACCUCAUCUACCUCCUGCCUUCUCUCUCUCUAGAUACUUCUCUUCUGUAUUGGAUGGCUUGAAGUAUGCAUCUUCACAUGAGUGGGUGAAGCAUGAGGGUUCAGUGGCCACAAUUGGCAUCACUGAUCAUGCUCAGGACCAUCUUGGGGAAGUUGUGUUUGUGGAGCUGCCAGAACCCGGUGGCUCAGUUUCAAAAGGCGGUAGCUUUGGAGCAGUGGAGAGUGUGAAAGCAACUAGUGAUGUUAAUUCCCCAAUCUCAGGAGAGGUUGUUGAGGUUAACUCAAAGCUCAGUGCAUCACCUGGUUUGAUCAAUUCAAGCCCAUAUGAAGAUGGAUGGAUGAUCAAAAUAAAGCCUACUAGUCCAGCAGAAUUGGAAUCCUUGAUGGGUUCAAAAGAGUACACGAAAUUCUGCGAAGAAGAAGAAGCUCACUAGAAAAUUUGGAAUAUGUUCACUUGUCUUGGACUGACUGCUAGCUUGAGCUCUUUGUUUAAGGUUAAUAUAUUUUGUUUUGGAAUUAUGUCAUUAUGUUAAAACUGCAGUUUCUUUCUCUCCCGCUCUUUUGUAUUUCUGCUUCUUCCAUGUAAUUAAAUCCCAUUCCUCUUUCACUUUC